AUGGCACUAAAGCCAGAGGAGCAGUUGAAAGAGUUCGGAUCGAAGCUUGACCCACCUCCUUCGUCCAAGGAUUCUUUGCUCAAACUCUUUAAGGAAGCUGCUGUUUGUCUUUCUGAGUUGGAGCAGUCUCCACCACCAGCAGUGCUCAAGUCCAUUCAGCCUUUUCUUGAUGCAGUUAUUAAACCUGAGAUUCUCAAGCAUCAAGACAAGGAUGUCAAGCUUCUAGUUGCAAGCUGUGUUUCUGAGAUAACUCGUGUUACAGCACCAGAAGCGCCUUACAGUGAUAGUAUCAUGAAGGAUAUUUUUCAACUGAUUGUGAGCGCUUUUUCUGGGUUGAAUGAUGUCGGUGGACCAUCAUUUGGAAGGAGGGUUGUCAUUUUAGAAACGGUUGCAAAGUACAGGUCAUGUGUCGUGAUGUUGGAUCUUGAAUGCGAUGAUCUGGUGAAAGAAGUAUUUACUACAUUUCUUGAUGUUGCUAGAGAUGACCAUCCAGAGGUUGUUUUCUCAUCAAUGCAAAAUAUAAUGAUUGUUCUCUUGGAAGAAAGUGAAGAUGUGCAAGAGCAGCUCUUACUAAUUUUACUCUCCAAAUUGGGCAGAAAUAGAACUGACGUUACUGAUGCUGCAAGAAGACUUGCUAUGAAAGUCAUAGAGCAGUGUGCACCAAAAGUGGAAACUGACAUAAAACAGUUCCUUAUCUCAUCAAUGUCUGGAGAGAGCCGAUAUUCCAGCAGUCAAAUUGACUACCAUGAGGUUAUCUAUGAUUUGUACCGCUGUGCUCCUCAGGCUCUAUCCGGAGUUGCACCAUAUCUCACUGGAGAGCUUUUGGCUGAUAAAUUGGAAACUCGUUUGAAAGUGGUUGGAUUGGUUGGAGAGUUGUUUUCCUUGCCUGGACGUGUCAUCUCCGAAGAGUUCAAUUCAAUAUUUCUGGAGUUUCUGAAAAGGCUGACUGAUAGAGUAGUUGAAGUAAGGAUGGUCAUCCUUGACCAUAUUAAGAAUUGCUUGCUCUCAGAUCCUUCGAGAGCUGAGGCGUCUCAAAUUAUAUCUGCUCUUCGUGACCGGCUCUUGGAUUAUGAUGAGAAUAUCCGCAAACAAGUUGUUGCUGUUAUUUGUGAUGUGGCUGUGCAUGCGCUGACGUCGAUUCCGAUUGACACUAUAAAGUUAGUCGCUGAACGGCUUCGAGACAAAGCUAUACCCGUUAAAACAUACACAAUGGAGAGGUUGACUGAAUUGUUCCGGGUAUAUUGCUUACGGUGUGCUGAAGGGAAGGCAGGCACUGGCGACUUUGAUUGGAUUCCUGUAAAAAUUUUGAGAUGUCUCUAUGACAAAGAUUUCAGAUCAGAUACAAUCGAAUAUAUUCUAUGCAGCUCAUUGUUUCCAAGUGAUUUCUCCGUUAAAGAUAAAGUUAAGCAUUGGAUAGAAAUAUUUUCCGGGUUUGAUGAAGUGGAGACAAAAGCUUUUGAGAAGAUAAUGGAGCAAAGACAAAGGAUACAGCAAGAAAUGCAAAAAUAUUUGUCCUUCAAGCAGAUGCAACAGAAUGCUGAUGUUCCCGAGAUGCAGAAAAAGAUUCAAUUUGGAUUCAGAGUUAUGUCUCGUGCAUUUUCUGAUCCCUCAAAGACUGAGCAGAACUUUUUGAUUCUUGAUCAACUCAAAGAUGCAAAUAUUUGGAAGAUGUUGAAUAAUCUGGUCGAUCCCAGCACUAGCAUAAUGCAGGCGUCCAAGAUUCGAGAUGAUAUGCUUAGAAUACUUUCUGAAAAGCAUCGUCUCUAUGAAUUUCUCGGCACUCUCUCCAUAAAGUGUUCGUAUCUGUUGUUCAGCAAGGAAUAUGUGAAAGAGAUAUUAGCGGAAGUCUCUGCUAGAAAGUCUUCUAAAAGUAGUUUGGGCAUUCAAUCUUGCAUGGACUUCUUAGGGCUUCUCGCAAGUUUCUGUCCAUCACUGUUUGACGGAGCUGAAGAAGAACUGAUAGGUUUUCUUAAAGAUGAGGAUGAAAUGAUAAAGGAAGGUACUCUAAAAAUUCUGGCUAAGGCAGGUGGUACUAUUCGGGAGAAUCUCAUUGUUUUAGCAAGUUCUGUGGAUCUAUUACUGGAGAGGAUCUGUAUAGAAGGUAACCGUAGGCAGGCCAAGUAUGCUGUGAAUGCACUAGCAUCAAUAACAAAGGAUGAUGGCCUGAAGUCCCUCUCUGUUCUGUACAAGGGACUCGUGGACAUGCUGGAGGACAAGGGACAUCAGCCAGCUGUUCUUCAGUGCCUUGGUUGCAUAGCGCAGAUUGCAAUCCCGGUUUUUGAGACUAGGGAAACCGAAGUCGUAGAGUUUAUUAAAAGCAAAAUCCUCAAUUGUGAAAGUGAAGCUGUAGAUGACAAAAAGUUAUCUUGGGAUGACAAAAGUGAAAUUUGUCAACUGAAGAUAUAUGGGAUCAAGACUUUGGUUAAGAGCUACUUGCCUUUCAAGGAUGCUCAUCUUCGUACGGGUGUUGAUGACCUUCUUGGAUUACUAAAAAACAUUCUUUCCUUUGGUGAAGUAUCUGAAGAUCUAAAAUCAAGUUCUGUUGACAAGGCCCAUUUGAAACUUGCUGCUGCAAAGGCAGUCCUCCGUCUGUCUAGGCACUGGGACGAGAAGAUACCGAUUGAUAUCUUCCAUUUAACACUAAAAACGCCGGAGAUAUCAUUUCCUACGGCCAAGAAAAUAUUCCUUGGGAAAGUUCACCAGUAUAUAAAGGAUCGGGUUUUGGAGACAAAGUAUGCCUGUUCAUUUUUAUUUGAUAUCACCGGAUCAAAUGUUCUCGUAUCAGAGGAGGAGAAACAGAACCUAGCCGAUAUCAUUCAACAUUCUUACCAAACAAAAAUGCGGAAAGUCUCUGCUCAGACUGAUGCAAAUUCCGUUUCUCUAUACCCUCAACAUAUCCUUCCUUACUUGGUUCACGCACUUGCGCAUCAUUCUUGUCCUGACGUCGAGAAAUGCAAAGAUGUGAAGGAAUAUGAAAUGAUAUAUCGCCAAUUAUACGUGAUCAUUUCUAUGUUACUCCAUAAAGAGGAAGACGGAAAGGCUGAAGAUGUUGAUAAGGAACAGGAGUGCGUUCCCUCCCUUAUCUCCAUCUUCCAAAGUAUUAAACAGUCAGCUGAUGUCACUGAUGCAACAAAGUCAAAGAAUUCAGAUGCGAUCUGUGAGCUUGGGCUGUCAGUAAUCAAUCACUUAACUAAGAAAGAGCCUGAUGUACAAGGGACAUUCACGCCUGUAUCGCUGCCUCCAAUGCUGUACAAACUUUCUGAGAAAAAUGAAGGUGAUAAGGCUCAGGUUGGUGAAGAGAAAUUGUGGCUAGCUGAUGAAACUGUCUUGGCACACUUCUGUUCUCUCAAGUUGGAGGGUCGUGCUGAUUCAUCUGUGAUACCCCAAACUUCAGAGAAUGAGGGUAUGAAUGAUGAGGAAAGUGAUGGGAAUGAAAUCCCUUUGGGUAAAAUUGUCGAGCGUUUGAGAGCUCAGAGUAGAAAGGGAAAAAAGAAGAAAUCUGUUCCAGCUGAAGACAAGGAUGAUAAAAAGGAUGUGGAUGUUUUGAAAAUGGUGAGGGAGAUUAAUCUGGAUAUGCGAACGCUGGAUAAAUUUGAAUCCAGUAAUGGACACAAAAAUUCCUCUGGAGAGAGAGCAGACACAAGUCAAAGGGAUCAGAAGGCUAACAAAAAGAGUGCUGGUGGCGCAACAUCAGUAGUUUCAGUCCCUAAACGCCGGAGAUCGUCUUCUGGCCAUAGUCCUUUCAAGUUCUCAAAUAGUGGUCCUAAAGUUCCACUGGAAGCUUCUAAUGAAGAGAGAGAUAUGGACAAAAAUGUAUCCUUGGACUCGACUGAUGAAAAUUCAAACCAGGAAAAAGGAUUCGAAAGAAUUUCUUCCCGAACGAAAAAGAAAAGCUUCAGAUCAAAAUUAAUGAAACCAGAAUCUGGUUGGAGUCUCAAUGAUAUGGAAAAUCAAAGCGAAGAUGGCAACUGCAGUGAGAAGAGUAGGUCAGCAGAAAGUGGUGAUAGAUUGAAGUCUGCCUCUGUAUCAAUGAAGAAGGCAAAAAGAAAAAGCUUCCCAGGACUGGCUAAGUGCUCCACAGCAGAAAAGAAAAUGGUUACUGAUGAACUAAUUGGUUGCAGAAUAGAUGUUUGGUGGCCUAUGGAUAAACGGUUUUAUGAAGGCACAAUAAAGUCUUAUGAUUCCACAAAACAUAAACACGUGAUACUUUAUGAGGAUGGAGAUGUCGAAGUACUUCGCCUAGAUAAAGAACGGUGGGAGCUCAUAGACGCUGGUGGAAAGCCCACAAAGAAGUCCAAUAAAUCAAAGCGAGGUUCUAAUAAGAAAGGAUCGUCUGACAGUAAGCGUAAGAAUUCAGAUGGGUUACAGAGGGAUGAAGAUCCAAUUGCUACUACGCCAAAAGGGAAAAGAACGCCAAAGAAAGGUACACCAAGAAGUCUUGCUUUAGAACAUGAGAAACCAGAGAGCCGAACCAAGAAAAAGCGAUCUUCUGCUACGCGAGUCGGUGAAGUUGCUGAAAAACCAAAUGGGAAGAGAAUGAAAUCAACCACAGAGGACCCGAAAUAUAGUGGGGAGGCUGGCGAAGAGAAAUCAGAGUCGGAAGGAAAGUCUGUGAAAGAAGGCGAGGAUGAUGAGGAAGUUGGUUUCCAGGAGGCAAAAUCAGAGUCGAGUGGGGACCCUGAGGAGAAAGAAACUGAUGUCGACAACUCAGAUUCUGAGGAGAAAAAAGAAAACAAUGAUAUGGAGGCAGAAGCCGAAGACGAGAUCUCUGACAAUGAGACUCUUGGAGCGUGGAAGAGUAAAGUUGUUAAGUCAAGCUCGAGGAAAGCAGCAUAG